AUGGGAAACAGCCGAAAAGCCUGGGUGUAUCUACGAGAAACAGGUGCUCUGGCGGCCGAGUUUGGUCUGGAUCGGGAAGAUGGAUAUGCAGGUUCGGAAGGAGAAGAUGACCUGGCGAGGAGGAGGCUGUUCUGGGCAGUUCUGAUUUCCGAGAGGGAAUUUGCCAUCCUGAGAAACAAGCCCAUCACGAGCUUCAGACGGAAACCAGAACUGCCAACUUUUGGAUACCGGUAUGAAGAUCCGGGUGUCCAUGCUGGCUUGCUACAGCUGGCGGAGAUAUACAAGCCGGUUGGUGAGGACUUUGUCGCUGCGUGGAACGACACCCCCCAAAACGAAGAUUCGCCGGCCGCUCACAACAUGAAAGCCGCAAAGCUGCUGGAGCUCCAACGCCGUCUGUCACAGGUGACAGAAUCAGGGGAGGAGGCGACAGAAAUGCAAAGGGUGCAUCUCACAAUUACUCGUCAGUGGCUGAAGCUGGUUACUUGGCAACUGUCGUUCCGUGCCCACCUGCUGUCGUUCGGCAACGUCCACGAAAGCAUGCGGUUCACUUAUCCGCUCAUCAUCGCCCACGAGACGUUGUCGUUUCUGAACUCGCUACCGCCAGGGCGCUGCUAUGGUAGGAUUUCGACCAUGGAAAAGAUUUACGAGAUUGGCAUCUGGUGGCUCAAUGUCGUCGGGGCUGUGGAUAACCUCGAGCUUGGGAGGCACGGUGUCAAGACGGAUGAUAACCUUCUGGACGCUUUUGUCAGGGUUCUCAGCGUCGGCGAACAGAGCAGGGUACUGUUUGCAGAACGGCUCAAAAUGUUUGCCGCUGCUGGCGACAAGUCAGAUCUCAGUUACAUGGUGGGCAGGAAGUUCUCCCAAGAGGUGAGGGAACAAGGACACAAAGAGAUCAAGACGGAGGAGUCGGAGCCGAGAUCUGUGCCGCGAACAGCACACAGCAGCAGUAGAUACCACCACGGCGGGCCGUCGCUGGCGGUGGACACGCCCUCACCGGCGACCAAUGGGCCUCCCACGGCACCUCACACCAACGAGACACCGCCGCCGCCGUGGUUCCAGGGUUACAAUAACAGUGCCAUCACCACGCCUACCAGCUCUGGGUGGGCGUCGACGACGUCAGAGGUGAACAGUCCGGAGAUUUUGUUCAGUCCUGACAUUGUCAGUCCCGGGCCGGGAGCGACGAGCUUUGGGUAUUUUCGCUUUCCGGGGCCAAAGCCAGGGGAGGGGGCUUGACAUGGGUGUUUUGCUAGAUCAUAAUGUUUGUAUAUGAACCCGCCAAAAAAAAAAUUAAAAAGUAGAGGAAGCGAUUUCCAUUCAUCACGAACACUUGUCCAAUUCUGAUUAACCCCAACCCCCGAUUGACAAAAUGGAAACA